UAUUUUAUGCUUCGACUGGUGGUCGUGUAUUUGUGCGUUGUUCGUUUGUGGUUCUAUAUUAAUAUAUUUUGAUAAUUUAAUAAUUAUGUAUUAAGUCAAUCACUAAUAUUUUAUAUUAAUCCAACAUAUUGACCGUAUUUUUUUAUUGUGAUUAAAAAGUUUAUGCGUGUGAUCGACCUUCCCAUGUAGGAAAUCUAAACCCGGGUUUAUUUCUGAAAAAAGGCAGUGAGUGCAUUUGUUCAUUCAGUAUUGAAGUUAUUUAAAAAUACUCAUAGAUUAAAGUUAAUACAACGCUUAAAUGGCUAUACUUUAAUUGGAACUGAAUACGAAUCAAUCUUGUAGUUCGUUGAGGACACCAAUGGAUAUUGAAUAGUUGCUUUGCCGGGCCACCGCCUCAAGAUGAUGGUGGAAACCAUCCUCGAGUCCUCUCAGGACUUUGGCAUGUCGAACGGGGCUCUACCGCAAUGGAAGCGCGAGCUUCUUCAGAGACGGGCGGCUCGGGCGCGUCCACCCAUGGCUCCCUCGGCCCCCGUCCCUCCGCCACCGGCGCCUCCCGCCGACGAGGACGAGGAGUUGCGCUACGGGCCCGGCAUCGUCAAAAGACUUAAAUCCCGCUACUUGAGCCUCGCUCUUCGCGAAGCUCCACGUCGCCGUCCCUCGGUGCUCCGUCGCGCCGCCUCGCUCGAACACCUUCUGGACGAGCGGCCGCCGCCUGCGCCCCGGCCGCGGCCCGCCCGCCCCGUGUCUCUGGCGACGCCCUCGUACGCCGCGCUCUCUGCUCCGCCGCCGCGCCGCGACUCCGUGAAGCGUGCUCGCUCCGUCGACGCUCUCAGCCGGCUCGACUCUCGCGAUGACACCAUACCUCAUAUUCCGCUCCAGCCUCCGCCUCAACCGCCACCGCCGCCUCCUUCGCCUCCUCCGCCACUUCCGCGCUCGGCGCGUCCGCCUCGACGUCCCACUCCGCUACUGCGCGAAACGGAGCGUCCUCCUGCCGACGUAGUCCGGUCGACGCUCCGGAAAUUCGAGUCCGCUCCGCCGCGGAGGACGGCGCCGGCCGCACGCGUGUCUGCCGUUCUUCGUGGCUUAGAAGCUUUACCGCGUAGUUCCACACCGGAACCUCGAGGCCGGUCCCCGAGUCCCGCAGCGGCCGACCUGUCUGCCAUCGAUGAACCGGAGGGGGUCGUCGUUUCGGUGCCAUGUGAAACCAAGCCGGUAUCUCAAGCUGCACUCGAAGGAAUCGCUCGCGCCGGAUCAUCGGUACGUUAUUCCUUCGAGGCGCCUAAACGUGGCUCGCACCUGCCGCCGGUGGCCGCGACGAACCCCGUCAUGUUGGGCAGGGCGCGACUGUCCGCCUCGCCGCGUCGAGUCGGCGUCAUCCGCCCGAUGCCCGCGCCGACGCUCGACCGGUCGAUCUCCUCGCCGACUCCCGCUUUAGACGACACUGACGAAAAAGACGACGUCCAACGAAUCGCAUCACCACUGCCAUACGAUGAUGAAAAUAUCACAAAAAAAGAUUCGCCGCCCUCUGCUCUGGUCGAGCCGAUAAUUCGUUCGACGCCCGACGAGAGCGCUCCGAUAUCUUCCCAAACAAAUUCGAACUCGGUCGCUCCCGUUAUCCGUGAACUGACUCCAGAUGCCGAACCUAAACCACAACCACAACAGAAGCCGCCGCCACAGAUAGAUACGCCGAAGAUUCCACCGGCGAAGACAUUGGUAAACGGUCACGCUACGCCACCCAAACCGGUGGAGGUUAAAACCAAAGGAGCGCUGUCUCGGAUCGGCGCCGCCGGCAUCGAGCGCGCGUGGACCGGCGCCGACGAGAAGAAGAACAACGUCGUGGCGAAGGAGAAGAAGGACAACGGCGAAGUCAAGAGUGGUGUGGUGCCGUGGGCGCGCGGGGCCGCGGGCGCGGGCAGCCCGGCCAGCGGGCGCAAGCCGCGGGCCCCGGCGCCGGCCUCCACCUCCGUGGUGUUCAACUUCUCCAACCGCAAGGAAGUCCCGGACUACAUCGAGAACGACGGCAUCAUCUUGCGCGCAAACCGACGGAACAGAUUCAAGGCGGGUGAAGCGGGCAUCGUGGUGCUGCGGCCCGAGGCGCUGGCCGCCGACUCGGAGUCCGAAGAGGAGGACGCGCGGCCGCCGUCGCCCUGCAGCGUGAGGUUCGUCAACGACAACGUGCUCAUCAACGGACGGUCCUCCAUGGCCGCGAAGAUCUGCAGGGACAGAGCUGCUAAGUUGAAGCUACAAUUUGACGAUUCUUUGACGCGCACCUUCGAGUACCCGUCGGAGACGUCGCUGUGCGAGGACAGUCCUUCGCCCACCGCUCUCACCAACGCCAACAACAACACGCCAACCCCCACCGACAUCAACGCCAACGCCAGCGCCAACGCCAACGCCAACGCCAACGCCAACGCCACCCACAACGGCGACGCCGUGCAGCAGAUCGCGCAGCCCGCGCACCUCGCGCCGCUCAGCGCCAACACGCAUAUCGUGUCGGCGUCGCUGUCGCGCUACACGCCCUGCAAGACGAGCGCCGACGCCUUCCAGCUCGGCCUCGCGCGCCGCCCCGACGCGCACGGUAACCCGCCAUCGCCAACGCUUGUUUCACUCUCGUCGAGCGCCUCCGCGCGCAAACGGGCCACCCGAUGGCGAGUGGUCACCGCCGUCGUCACAUAGACCUCGGCUCUCUAAGAGAUCUCAACCAUCCCCUACAUCGCCACCGACCUCGGGAACCGAGACGUCGCGUCCCCCGCGCCCGGAGCGACAAUACCUACGAUCGCUGCCAGGCGGCGGA